UCCCCCGACUCUCUGGCGAUGUCAACACCUUCGAUUAUGCUCACCCUACCCACGCCCGUCCUACCUCAAUCUCCUGUGUUUCGGCCGCGUUCUCCGAUCACUCUCCGCAAAUACAUGCAAGCAACAACAUCUGACUGUGGUUCUCCUACGGCGACUCCGGCUUCUGGAUUCCUGUCUCCCGUGCCUUCCGUGCCUUCCUGCGACCGGUGCUGUCUAGGACAACUUGAUCAAGGGUUCACCUGCCGGUCUUGUGAGCGACAGUGGAUGGCGUGCAAGAUGUGGUACCAGGCCAACGACGGGGGUCGGCGGCGUUGGUUGACAGAGCCCUUCAUUCGACCCGCCGAAAGCAACGCCAAUGCUAGAGCAGUCAUGGACAUGCUGGGUGUCCCAGGCGCCGUCGGCUUAGGAAUCGAGCAACCUCCGACUGGUCGAAAGGCUUCUCCGCUGAAGGUGCUUACGGCGACGGCCCCCGCGCGCGACCGACACCAUGGAUGCCCCGAAGACGAUCACUCCCGUCUGGGCGCAGCGCGUUGGCGGCAGCUUCGG